GCGGGAGAGGAGGGAAGAAAACCCCAAUAAUUUUUGUUUGUUCCUUGAAAGUAAAAGGGACGAACAUACACUGAAGAUCCCGUCCCAACCGCACAACGCGCUGUUUGGGAGCAACGCGAAAUCUGACCCGCAUUCCUCGUUUCCUCUCACUCCUAAAGGCCUCAUCCAAACAGCCCUCUCUGCCUCAGAUCUCGCUGCGAGAUGGAUCAGUUGUCGGCGAUCAGCGAGGACCUGGCCGAGAUCGAGGGGCAAAUCGCCGACAAUUUCCGCGCCCUAUCAAAUGGAUUUCAGAAGUUGGAGAAGAUUAAGGAUUCGAAUAGACAGAGCAGGCAGUUGGAAGAGCUCACGGAGAAAAUGCGAGAAUGUAAACGGCUUAUCAAGGAGUUCGAUAAAGAAGUCAAAGCUUUGGAGAAUAACUUCGACAGAGAAACUAACAAAAUGUUGAAUGAGAAAAAGCAGUCAAUGAUCAAAGAGUUAAACUCAUAUGUUGCUUUAAAAAAGAAGUAUGCUACAAAUAUUGAGCAUAAACGAAUUGAACUCUUUGAGGGGCCAAAUGAAGGUUUUGCUGAAGAAAAUGGCUUGCUAGCAUCCUCAAUGACUAACGAACAACUAAUGGAUCAUGGGAAUAGGAUGAUGGAUGAGACAGAUCAGGCCAUUGAAAGGGGAAAGAAGGUCGUUCAAGAAACAAUAAAUGUUGGUACAGAGACUGCAGCAGCUCUUAAGGCUCAGACGGAACAAAUGAGCAGAGUUGUCAAUGAGCUGGAUUCGAUCCAUUUCUCUUUAAAGAAAGCAUCACAAUUGGUCAAGGAAAUCGGUAGGCAGGUUGCUACUGACAAGUGUAUUAUGAUGCUACUUUUCCUUAUUGUCAUUGGAGUAAUUGCUAUCAUUAUAGUAAAGCUUGUGCACCCGGAGAACAAGGACAUUCGCGACAUUCCAGGACUGGCUCCUCCAGUUCAGAACCGAAGACUGCUUUGGAGUCACAGUUGAAGAGUUAAAAUGAACAUGAUGAUGACUGAUAAGCUUACGACAAAUGCGUUGGGGACACUAAAAUGAUCAUGUUUAUGACCUCACCAAAUUGAUUUGAUGGUUAUGACAUUGGAUGAAGGUAUUACCAGAAACGCAGUUGCCAUUAAUUGAGUUUGUUAUUACAUAAUAUUAGAAGAGGGUUGGUUGGCCUGAGGCAUAAUAGAACGUGGGUCUAGGAAUGCACGCUGAACUUUUUCUUGAACCGAACCAUUUUUACUACUAUACAGGUUCUGUCUAUGGAAUCAUAGGGAAAGCCAAACAAAUGGGCCCUUGAGAUUCUUUGCUGGUUGUCUUUCUGUCAAUCGUGUAAUGUACGGUGCCAUUUACUGUAUACCUUCACUUCUAAAAAACCUACCUAGUAUUAUCAAUUUAUAAUAUAAGCACUACUUUAUCAUGUUUAAA